AUGCCAGGAAAACCAGCCCCCAUCAAGAAGGCUCCGGCCAAGAAGGCUGCGGUGAAGGCACCUGAGCCUGCCCCAGAGCCGGCCCCAGUGGAGGCCCCACCUGCGGAGGCCCCACCUGUGGAAGCUCCACCUGCUGAAGCUCCACCUGCUGAAGCCCCACCUGCUGAAGCCCCACCUGCUGAAGCUCCACCUGCAGAGGUUGCUCCUGCUGAAGCUGCGGCCGAGGAAGCAGCUCCUGCAGCCGAGGGAGAAGCUGCACCCGCUGCCCCGGCAGAGGAUGUGACCCCCGCUGAAGGAAGCCCCCCAGCUGAUGCUCCCGCUACUGAAGACGGUGCCGCUGCCCCUGCUGCAGAUGCUCCCGCAGAUGCCGCUCCAGCUGAACCUGCUGUAGUUGAGGAGCCACCCAAGGCCCCCACGCCCCCUCCUCCGGCAGUCCCCACCAGCGCUCCUCUGGCAGUAUGUGUGGAAGAUGUGAACGACACCAGCCUCACCAUCAAAUGGAACUCUCCUGAGACCAUCGGAGACUCCGGCCUGGAUGGAUACACCGUAGAGUACCGCAAAGAUGGGACAACGGACUGGGUCGUAGCUAAUGAGGAUCUGACCCCUGCAAACCGCUACUGCAUUAAAAAUCUGACAGCCGGUGACCUGCUGCAUGUGCGCGUGGUGGCUGUAAACCCCGGUGGCCGCAGUGAUCCUGGUGCCCUCGCUGAGCCCGUGCCGAUCCGUGAAAUCAUUGACCGCCCAAAGAUCCGUAUGCCCCGCAUCCUCAGAUCUCGCUAUGUCAGGCAGGUUGGAGAGCAGAUCAACCUGGUCAUCCCCUUCCUUGGAAAGCCCAAACCUGUGGUGUCGUGGCUUAAGGACGGCCAGCCUUUGGACACAAAAAGGGUGAACAUCCGCAACAGUGACAAGGACAGCAUCAUGUUUAUCCGCUCAGCUCAGAGGGAGGACUCUGGUGUUUAUGAGAUGAGUGUAAAGGUGGACAGCUUUGAAGACAAAGCGGCUCUCACACUGCAGAUCGUGGAGCUGCCUGGUCCUCCAGCAAGUGUGAAGCUGGUUGACUGCUGGGGCUUCAACGCCGCUCUGGAGUGGACCCCGCCCAAGGAUAACGGCAACACGGAGAUCACAGGAUACACCGUCCAGAAGGCAGACAAGAAGACAGGGGAGUGGUUCACAGUGUUGGAGCAUUACCACAGGCUAACCGCCACCGUCUCAGACCUUGUCAUGGGAAACUCCUACGCCUUCAGGGUUUUCUCUGAGAACCGAGUGGGCAUGAGCGAGAGCAGCGCGGUCACUAAGGGCGUGGCCACCAUCCAGAAGACAGGUAUCAUCUACAAGGCUCCUGAGUACCAGGAGCACGACUUCAGUGAGGCUCCCAGGUUCACCACAUCACUGACUGACCGCGCUGCUACCGUGGGAUACACCACCAAGCUGCUGUGUUCUGUUCGCGGAUGCCCCAAGCCCAAGAUCGAGUGGUUGAAGAAUCAGAUGGUCAUCGGCGACGACCCCAAGUUUCGUCAGCUCUCUAACCAGGGCAUUUGUUCCCUGGAGAUCCGUAAGCCCUGCAGCUUUGACGGCGGAGUGUACACCUGUAGAGCCAAGAACGCUCAGGGAGAGGCCACUGUGUCCUGCAAGCUGGAAGUCAAACAGGUUUUUCUUCCAGACAGUGAGAAGGGCAAGUAAACCAAGACCCAAAGUUCCCAAGGACUAGCAGAUGUCCAGGUCUUAUGUUUAAGAGUGUUUGAGAAGGUGAGAGAAAAGACGGGGUCGACUGUGUGUACAUAAUGAGUAAAAGGAAUGAGAACAGCAUCUCCAUCUCUAUUUCCAACCACACCCAUCAGCAAAUCCCCACUUACCCAGUCCCUCCAGUAUGCAAGAGAGUCCACACCUCCCACCCAUCCCAGUUUGACAAAUGUUGUAUCUUAUUUUAGUUGGUGACAUGUAUGUUAAGGCUAUAUUUACUGUGUUUUUUGUUCUGCCUGUGUCCAUUUGUCGUUUGUUACAAUAUAUGUGUGUGUUCUACUUAAUAAAAAUCUGAGGACACACUGUUGAUUUAACAGUAUGAACUGUGUUAUAUGUGGAUCUCUACAUUUUUGAGACUUUCAGAUACUGUAAGAUUCUUAAAAUAAAUAUU